AACUCCAUAUAAAUUAUUAUCAAAACCUAAAAAGAAAUAAACGAAAAAAUACAUUAGACAUUUAAGUUUAAGCGAGAGAACAGCUACAAGAGGUGUUUUAGUAAGAGAACAGAUCAACACAGUUGUGUCGACUUAGAAACCAGAAGACAAAACAUUUAUCAUGGUUGUCAACGUAUACUCCACAAAUGUGACCACAGAGAAUCUUUCACGCCACGAAAUGCUGGCAUGGGUUAACGAUUGCCUGAAAUCGAAUUUUUCCAAAAUCGAGGAGCUAUGCACGGGUGCGACAUACUGCCAGUUUAUGGACAUGCUGUUUCCCAAUUCAGUGCCCCUAAAACGUGUCAAAUUCCGAACAAAUCUUGAGCACGAGUACAUUCAAAACUUCAAGUUACUGCAGGCAAGCUUCAAAAAGAUGUCUGUAGAUAAGAUUAUACCCAUUGAUAAACUGAUCAAAGGCCGCUUCCAAGAUAAUUUAGAAUUUUUAGUGCGGCCCGCGAAGGUGCCCCUAUGGUUUUUGCUUCCGUAGGAGGCGGCAGCUCACGGCGUGUUCCUUCGACAUCGAGACGUCCUGCAGGGACAUCUGCGGACACUGCGACAGAUCACCCCAGUGAAGGGACAACCGAUGGAGGUGGCGAUAAUACGCCUGACCUGUUUACGCAUUUUUAUGCGACUGAUGAAGGAUUUUCUCCCCCGAACGCAGUCAGAAGAGGAAGAGUAUUAAUUUAAACUUAAAAGCACACCACGAAACCAAUUUGCCGCCUAUUCAUACUCAAAGACAUGGUGUUGAAAA